CUCUUGGUCUAAUCAAAUCAAGUAAACAAAACAACCACUCUUACAAUUUGUGCUGUUGUGUAGGAAGGAAAGCCGAAUCCGAAAGUUUUGUCAUGUCAUGUAAUAGUGAUAAGCGACUUUAGUGUCAGUGUCAGUACUAAGUGUGGUUUAUCAUUCAAUCAAUAGCUGAAAUCAAGAGACUAAGCUUAGAUCUUUCUGUUUUUCGCAGCUUAUAGAUAGGAUAUUCGAGUUUGUCAACAGGUUUGACUUUUCAAUUUAGUUAGGCCUACACCUAGUUAUUCAUUUUCAAAAUGAUAUUAGCUUCAUCAUCUGCAUUUAGAAUAUCACAAAAGAUUUGCCCGUCACAUCUUCAGGCGAUUCGUUCUAUUGCGACUACAAAGCUGUUCAUUGAUGGAAAAUCUGUUGAGUCAAAAACCACAGAUUGGAUUGAGUUACACAACCCUGCUACGAAUGAAGUUAUCACCAGAGUACCAAAGGCUACACAGGAUGAGAUGGAGGCGGCCGUUGCAUCUGCCAAAACUGCUUACAAGAGUUGGUCCAACACAUCCCCUCUCACAAGGCAGCAGAUUAUGUUUAGAUACCAGAGUAUCAUCAAGGCUAAUAUGAAAGAGCUGGCGGCUAAUAUAACCCAAGAGCAAGGUAAAACUCUAGCCGAUGCUGAAGGGGAUGUUUUAAGGGGCUUACAGGUGGUAGAACAUUGCUGCUCCAUGCCGACACUACAACUGGGAGAGACUCUAGGUAACAUCUCAAAAGACAUGGAUCUAUUAUCGUAUCGUGUACCGCUGGGAGUCACUGCUGGAAUCACUCCGUUCAACUUCCCUGCGAUGAUACCACUGUGGAUGUUCCCUAUGGCUAUCACUCUGGGUAACACCCACGUCAUUAAGCCGUCAGAGCGUGACCCUGGAGCCUGUAUGAUGCUAGUUGAGAUGUUGACAGAAGCAGGUUGUCCGCCUGGAGUAGUCAACGUUAUCCACGGAUCUUACGACGCUGUUAACUUCAUCUGUGAUCACCCAGAUAUCCGAGCGAUAUCCUUUGUGGGAUCUGACAUUGCUGGAGAGCAUAUAUACAAGCGAGGUUGUGCAGCUGGCAAGCGAGUCCAGUGCAACAUGGGAGCCAAGAACCACGGUGUGGUGAUGUCUGAUGCUAACAAGGCUCACACGCUGAAUCAGCUGGUUGGAGCUGCGUUUGGUGCUGCAGGACAAAGAUGUAUGGCUCUCAGCACGGCUGUGUUUGUGGGGGAGGCUAAGGAGUGGCUUCCAGAGUUAAAGGAACGGGCAGGGAAACUCAAGGUUAAUGCUGGUCAUGUCCCUGGGACAGACCUAGGUCCAGUGAUCUCCCCACAGGCUAAGCAGAGAGUGUUGGGCCUAAUACAAAGUGGGGUAGAUGAAGGGGCUACUCUGUUGCUGGACGGCCGCGGACUGGCCGUCCCAGGCUACGAGAAGGGAAACUUCAUUGGACCUACAAUACUCACCAAUGUAAAGCCCUCUAUGAAAUGCUACAAGGAGGAAAUAUUUGGACCAGUGCUUGUGUGUCUGUCUGUUGAUACUCUUGAUGAAGCAAUUUCACUUAUCAACGACAACCCUUACGGCAACGGAACAGCCAUUUUUACCAACAACGGAGCCACAGCACGCAAGUUUACCAAGGAAAUAGAUGUUGGACAGGUUGGUGUGAAUGUUCCCAUACCUGUGCCUCUGUCAAUGUUCUCUUUCACUGGAUCUCGUCAAUCAUUUAGAGGAGAUUGUCACUUCUACGGGAAGCAGGGAGUACACUUCUACACCCAAGUAAAGACCAUCACCCAGCUGUGGAGGGACACAGAUGUUAGUCAUACACGAGCCGCCGUCUCGAUGCCAGUGAUGCAGUGAAAUUGGAACAUCACAAUCCUACUAUAUUGUAACACUCCUGUCUGUUGGCAGGGAGUACACUUCUACACCCAAGUAAAGACCAUCACCCAGCUGUGGAGGGACACAGAUGUUAGUCAUACACGAGCCGCUGUCUCCAUGCCAGUGAUGCAGUGAAAUUGGAACAUCACAAUCCUACUAUAUUGUAACACUCCUGUCUGUUGGCAGGGAGUACACUUCUACACCCAAGUAAAGACCAUCACCCAGCUGUGGAGGGACACAGAUGUUAGUCAUACACGAGCCGCUGUCUCCAUGCCAGUGAUGCAGUGAAACAGGAACAUCACAAUCCUAUUAUAUUGUAACACUCCUGUCUGUUGGCAGGGAGUACACUUCUACACCCAAGUAAAGACCAUCACCCAGCUGUGGAGGGACACAGAUGUUAGUCAUACACGAGCCGCCGUCUCCAUGCCAGUGAUGCAGUGAAAUUGGAACAUCACAAUCCUACUAUAUUGUAACACUCCUGUCUGUUGGCAGGGAGUACACUUCUACACCCAAGUAAAGACCAUCACCCAGCUGUGGAGGGACACAGAUGUUAGUCAUACACGAGCCGCUGUCUCCAUGCCAGUGAUGCAGUGAAACAGGAACAUCACAAUCCUAUUAUAUUGUAACACUCCUGUCUGUUGGCAGGGAGUACACUUCUACACCCAAGUAAAGACCAUCACCCAGCUGUGGAGGGACACAGAUGUUAGUCAUACACGAGCCGCCGUCUCCAUGCCAGUGAUGCAGUGAAACUGGAACGUCACAAUCCUACUAUAUUGUAACACUCCUGUCUGUUGGCAGGGAGUACACUUCUACACCCAAGUAAAGACCAUCACCCAGCUGUGGAGGGACACAGAUGUUAGUCAUACACGAGCCGCCGUCUCCAUGCCAGUGAUGCAGUGAAAUUGGAACAUCACAAUCCUACUAUAUUGUAACACUCCUGUCUGUUGGCAGGGAGUACACUUCUACACCCAAGUAAAGACCAUCACCCAGCUGUGGAGGGACACAGAUGUUAGUCAUACACGAGCCGCUGUCUCCAUGCCAGUGAUGCAGUGAAACAGGAACAUCACAAUCCUAUUAUAUUGUAACACUCCUGUCUGUUGGCAGGGAGUACACUUCUACACCCAAGUAAAGACCAUCACCCAGCUGUGGAGGGACACAGAUGUUAGUCACACACGAGCCGCCGUCUCGAUGCCAGUGAUGCAGUGAAAUUGGAACAUCACAAUCCUACUAUAUUGUAACACUCCUGUCUGUUGGCAGGGAGUACACUUCUACACCCAAGUAAAGACCAUCACCCAGCUGUGGAGGGACACAGAUGUUAGUCAUACACGAGCCGCCGUCUCCAUGCCAGUGAUGCAGUGAAACUGGAACGUCACAAUCCUACUAUAUUGUAACACUCCUGUCUGUUGGCAGGGAGUACACUUCUACACCCAAGUAAAGACCAUCACCCAGCUGUGGAGGGACACAGAUGUUAGUCAUACACGAGCCGCUGUCUCCAUGCCAGUGAUGCAGUGAAAUUGGAACAUCACAAUCCUACUAUAUUGUAACACUCCUGUCUGUUGGCAGGGAGUACACUUCUACACCCAAGUAAAGACCAUCACCCAGCUGUGGAGGGACACAGAUGUUAGUCAUACACGAGCCGCCGUCUCCAUGCCAGUGAUGCAGUGAAACUGGAACGUCACAAUCCUACUAUAUUCAGAUAAGCAUCAUGAAUUUGGUCAUACCCUGCUCCAUGGAACAUUAGGUAGGAGCUUUAACUAUUGAUACAACUAAACAUUCCAUGCCCAUGUUGAAUUUGUUGCCAGUUUUUUAAUCAAAAUCGUCGUAGUUGAUAUGAGCUACUGACAGAUUGUGCUGAUCUAAAUUACUAAUUUAUGUUGAGUACACACAUGUUUUUACAAACUCAAACUAAUGAAAUGAUGUAUUGUGAGCUAUAGCAACUGUUAUGAAUCAUCAACUUGGUCAGCAAUGAGAAAGAUUCCAAACUAGGGCAACAAACACUACUUUACACAACCAUACCCAAAACAUUAUAGAACAUUUCACUGUCACUGACAGCAUUUUUAACUAAGUAAGAGAAAGUUUUUCAGGCCUAAUGGUGGCCAGGAAGUUAUUGCAACAGACUGUUAAAUCUGCUGUUUAAAAUGCUGUCAAUCACAGUGAAAUAUUCUAUUUUUUAUGUAUUGUGUAAAGUUUUGUUUUCUUUGUGCCAGUUCAGACUCUCCCAUUCUGGUAAGUCUCACUAAAAAUCCUAAAAACCAAGGCCCUAUGCUACAUAUGUGAGAUUUAAUUAUUUUAUUUUUAUAUAUGAAUAAAACAAAAUGUUAUUGUCCUUAUCAGUUAUGCUUUGGAAAGCUGUGAUAAUGAAUAUGAAUUUAGUGUCGGUCAGUUUCUAUUGCUCAAGUUAAGAAUGGUGCCAUAUUAUAAAUAAGUCUUCCAAUGAUUGUAGUGCCUUAACCUAUAAUGUAGAGUAGGCCUCUCUAGUUUGAAUUAUCUUAACUAUGUCACCUGAAUAGGGGAGAUAAUAACAGAGUCACAUAAUAAACUUAAUAUUUUGUCUCUAUUCAGAUUAAUGAAGAUCUGUUAAAAGUAUUUUAACACAUUUUAUUAUUUGUAUAUGACAGACCUUAUCCUCUCUUUGGUUAGUGGCCCCAGUUAUUGGUUAUUGGGUUAGUCCCAAUGUUGGUUUAAAAAUGUGGACUGAGGUCAAAGUAGCUUUAUGAGUAAUCAGAAACCUGCUAUUCAUCAAAUAAUUUACUCUACCUCAUUUUUAAGAUGAUUAUAAAGAUGAUUUGAUGUAUCUAUAUCCAUUGUUGUCUUUCAUUUGUCGGUUUGUUACAGCCUUUGUUUUUUUUUACUUAUUGAAACACAAAUGCAGUACGUUAUAUGUGGUUUUUAAUACUUGCUUUAUUCUAUUUUACUGGUUAUAUCGCUUAUACAUUUUAUUUUAUGUUACUGCUUAUAUCAUUCCAAUUGUUAAUUUUACUAUUUCUUAUACAGUAGAACCUCUUUAAUCCGAACUAAUUGGGACCGAGGGUAGUUCGGAUUAUUGAAUAGUUCGGACUACAGAACAUAUUGUUGUUUUUACAUAACAAUAGAUAAAACAUGGCUAAAAUGUCUCUGAUUGUUACAGGAAAAGUGAAAAAAUGCUUUAUAUAGUAAAAUCCAGUGUUUAUUUAAUACAUUAGUAAACAGUGAAUAAAUAGUACUUUACAUUAGAAUAGAAACAAUUACUGUGCAUACGUAUACAAUAAAGAAACAACUACUGUACUGAGUAGUUUGGAUUACGGGGGGUUGGAUUAAAGAGGUUCUACUGUAGGUAGGUUUAAUUGAGACUGAAGUAUGAAUAUAAAAUUAUAUACGUC